AUGAAUACUACAAAAGCCCUUGUUAACAUCCGCCCUGGCCUCGCUGAGGUUCAGGACAUUCCUGUACCCGCGCUUGAGCCCGGUUACAUCAGAGUCAAACCCACCGCAUGGGCCAUCAACCCCGAUGAUGUUUAUCAUCUUGACUUGGAAGGUGAUAAGAGUUGCGUUGGCACCAUAGUGGGAACCGACUAUGCAGGUGUUAUUGUAGAGGUUGGAUCUGAAGUGAUGAGAGACUUCAAAGUUGGAGAUCGCAUUGCUGGCGGUGUCAGCGGACAGAAUAUUCUGCGGAAGCACGAUGGCGCUUUUGCGCACUUGAUUCAUGUCAAAGGAGAUAUGCAGAUGAAGAUCCCUGAUAACAUGAGUGACGAAGAGGCUGCGACUCAAGGGGUUGCGCUCGUCACCACGGCCGUUGGAUUAUACCUGCAUCUGAAUCUUCCCCUUCCUGAUGCCCCAGCAAAGGAACCCUUCCCUUUCUUCAUCUACGGCGGCAGUACAGCCAUGGGAAUCUCUGCAAUCCAAUUCGCAAAGCUAGCUGGCGCUACAGUCAUUACCACUUGCUCGCCCGCCAACGCGGACUAUGUCAAGUCCUUAGGCGCCGAUCACGUCCUCGACUACAAGUCCAAAACACUCGUCAACGACAUCCUUGAUCUAUCAGGCGGUCCUCUCCUCCACGUCUUCGAUACUUACCCCAAUACCACCAGCACCGCCAUAUCCGCAGCCAUCCUCAAACAAUCCCCCUCCGCAAAAUACAUCUCCCUCAAUCACGGCCCCGAACACGAAGUCAAACGGCUCAACCCUCACAUCACCGCCGAAUCUAUGCACGGAUACUCAGCCACAGGCGAUCCGUGGAUGUACGAGAAUGAGUUUUACGAGGCUGUACCAGCGGAUUUCGCAUUCCAGAAGAAGUUUGUUAAAGUGGCUGAGAAGUUGUUCGAAGAGGGACUAGUCAAGCCGCCGCGUGUUUUUCUGAAUAGAGGGGGGAGUGGCUUAGAGGGGGUUUUGAAGGGACUUGUUGAGAGUAGGGAGGGGAGGGUCAGUGGCGGGAAGCUUGUGUAUACAAGGGAGUGA